AUGUUGCUUCAGUGUGAAGAUCAAAUUGGAUUUGAUACCGCUUAUCGCGUCGACCUCUGUGCUGAGUUUGAAGAUGCACUCAAGUUUGGUAGUUUUGUGGAAAAACUGACAAGGGUUGCUGGCUAUCAUCAGGUACAGCCUCCCGAUUGCGAGUUAUCGAGAAAUACCACUUUUGACUCUGAGGAUGAAGAUGAUAUGAAUGAAUCCGACAUCAGUGAAAACACAAGUUCAUCGUUUUGCUGCAGCAACUAU